GCCUGAUGAAAUUUGCUGAAAACACCCCGCUACUGGAUUUGGACGGCAUAUUGAAUCAGCCUCAAGGUACGCGAAUCAUUCUCCUCCACUCCUUUAUUUCGCUACUUUGGGACUUUCAUUUUUUCCUCCCCCGCCUAAAUUCCCGUAAUUUUAUAUGGAGCUUCCACAAGCUGACCUUUUCCCUCAGCACCAGCAUAUACAUUAGGUCUUUCUCCCUGGUCGUCCAAUAUCGUCGUGUCGCCCAACAUGAGCGCGGCUCAGGCGAAUGAAGCAGAGAAGAACAUUGAGAUAUGGAAAGUGAAAAAACUGAUCAAGCGUCUUGAGGCUGCUAGAGGAAAUGGCACCUCGAUGAUUUCGCUUAUCAUCCCCCCCAAGGAUCAAGUAUCCAGGGCGGCAAAGAUGUUGGCUGAAGAAUUCGGCACUGCCUCCAAUAUCAAAUCCCGAGUCAAUCGACUCUCCGUCUUGUCUGCCAUCACUUCCACGCAGCAGCGUCUCAAACUAUAUAAUAAGGUCCCUCCUAAUGGUCUGGUCGUCUACUGUGGUGAAAUCAUAACCUCCGAGGGAAAGGAGCGUAAGAUCAACAUCGACUUCGAGCCAUUUAAACCUAUUAACACGUCUCUUUACCUGUGUGACAACAAAUUUCACACCGAAGCGCUGAGUGAGCUCCUUGAAUCGGACCAGAAGUUUGGUUUCAUUGUGAUGGAUGGAAACGGUGCGCUUUUUGGUACGCUUAGUGGAAACACCAGAGAAGUCAUACAGAAAUUGAGCGUCGACCUACCCAAGAAGCACGGACGUGGUGGUCAGUCAGCCCUGCGUUUCGCACGUCUUCGUGAAGAGAAGCGCCAUAACUACGUACGCAAAAUUGCUGAAUUGGCUGUUCAAAAUUAUAUAACCAACGACAAGAUCAACGUUGCGGGUUUGAUCUUGGCUGGUUCCGCCGACUUCAAGAACGAUCUCAAUCAGUCGGACAUGUUCGAUCAGCGGUUGCAGUCCAAGGUGAUCAAAGUCGUGGAUGUUUCCUAUGGUGGGGAGAACGGCUUCAACCAGGCCAUCGAACUUGCUUCGGAAACUUUAAGCAACGUCAAGUUUGUGCAGGAGAAAAAGCUCAUAGGCAAGUAUUUCGAGGAAAUCAGCCAAGACACUGGGAAGGUCUGCUAUGGUAUUGAUGACACUCUCAAGGCUUUGGAACUCGGCGCAGCGGAGACGCUUAUUGUGUACGAGAACUUGGAUGUCACUCGGUGGGUUCUGAAGGACUCGAACGGCUCCGAAGUUGUCAUCCACACGACCAAGGCUCAGGAGGAGAACAACCGAGAGUUGUUCACCGAUAAGGAGACUGGCACUGAAAUGGAGGUUGUCGACCAGUCUUCGUUCCUCGAGUGGCUUGCAGAGAACUAUAAAGACUUUGGAGCGACUUUAGAGUUUGUUUCGGACAAGUCAAGCGAGGGCAAUCAGUUUGUUAAGGGCUUUGGUGGUAUUGGGGCUAUUCUUCGGUACAAGGUCAAUUUCGAACAGCUUGCCGAUUAUGAUGACGAGGAUGAAUUCUAUGACGGUAUGCUCGACGACAUCUCUAGUGCGUUUAGAUGCUCACCAUGAACAAAUACAGAUUGACGGUUCAGCGACCUCGCAGGGAGCGAGGAUGAACGGCCAGAAGUUCCCAAAGUGGGUCUUUUGACGGCUCGCCCUUUGAGGCAUGAAGGCGACCCUCGUGGUGAACUUACGAACUCAUUGGUGGGGACCAUAAUGCUCUCUGGACCGAACUCCGUCCAGCUGCUCAAAGGGCCAUCCAAGCUCCGCACGAUAGGCAUCGAAGUAACUUAGAGCCUCUUGGUUGACGCUUUGCAAGGAUGGUGAAUAUGAUUUGAUGCAGCUGUCCACAAGAAUUUGUCAGCCUUAUGGCAUUUGAGCUAGCAAGAUUGUUUUGUUACAGCAAGUAUGCCACACUGGUGUUAUUGCUCAUUUUUGUUUUUUCUCCUACGUGUUCUUCUUAUACAACUACACCUAACGAAAAAUAUAUGUCAAAAGUAAGAACGCACUCGCAGGCUGCCUUUACUAGUUGAUUUAGAUUGUCG